UUCGAAACUAUGCUGCUUGUUUUUAAAAAGUUCGUGUAGGAAGCACGUUUUAUCAAUAUAGAAACAAAUGUGUAUUGUAUAUUUCCAGUUUUCUGAAUUUUAAUCAUGAAUAAUAAUCAAGUGCAGAUAAUUUAAUAUUUUUACUUAGAACGAUUGAUUUCUACUUAUGAAAAUAACGUUCGUCUUAGUACUAAUAAAUAAUAAUUUCCAUAUUUUUUUUUGUGCAAAUUCAAUUAAUUCUAAAGUUUUUUGCUGUCCUUUAUGAUUAUUAUUUAUUAUGUCUGAAAAAUCGGGAACUUCAUCGAAAACUGUUGUUAUUGCUGCAAAACCGGAUAGAAAAAUUUUUAGACCUAAAAAGAAAGCCAUAUCAGGUAUCCCAUCUGAAAUAUCAGAAAAUCCGGAGAUUUUGCAAUCAAUAAGCAUUCUUCCUACCAAUUAUAAUUUCGAAAUCCCCAAAACAAUCUGGCGGAUAAAAAAGUGUGAAUCAAAAUGUGUCGCUCUGCAAUUUCCUGAGGGUUUAUUGAUAUUCGCUUUAACUAUAGCGGAUAUACUUCAAACAUUUACUGGUGUUGAAACAAUUAUUUUAGGCGAUGUUACUUAUGGGGCGUGUUGUAUUGACGAUUACACUGCUAGAGCCUUAGGAGCUGAUUUGAUGGUUCAUUAUGGACACAGCUGCUUAGUACCAAUUAAUAGAACUGAAAAUAUUAACAUGCUAUAUAUCUUUGUUGAUAUCAAAAUCGAUUUUUUGCACUUAAUAAACACUAUUGAAAAGAAUUUUGAAAAAGCCCCAUUAGCGUUGUUGAGCACCAUACAGUUUGUUUCAACUGUCCAACAAAUUGCAUCUGAUUUACAAAAUCUUGGUUAUAGUAUUGAAAUUCCACAAGCCAAACCCCUUUCACCUGGAGAAACACUUGGUUGCACUUCUCCAAAAAUAAAAAAAUCACAAAAAGUAAUAUUCAUUGGAGAUGGACGAUUCCAUUUAGAAUCUGCAAUGAUUGCAAAUCCUACUCUGGAAUUUUUCAGGUAUAAUCCUUAUGACAAAAAGAUCACUAAAGAAAAUUAUGAUUAUGAUAAAAUGAUCCAGAUUCGGCACAAAGAAGUUCAGCUUGCUGCAAACUACCAAAAAUUUGGCAUCAUACUGGGAACAUUAGGGCGUCAAGGUAGUCCCAAAGUUCUAGAUUAUAUUCAAAACAUUCUCAGGCAGAGUAAUAAAUGCCACAUAAUAGUGCUGCUGUCUGAAAUUUUUCCUGAUAAAUUAAAGUUAUUUGAUAAUAUUGAAGCUUGGGUCCAAAUAGCUUGUCCAAGAUUAUCUAUUGACUGGGGAUAUUCAUUUGGGAAACCAUUGCUUUCUCCUUAUGAACUUGCUGUUGCGAUGAAGGAAAUUAUGUGGCAAGAUAAAUAUCCUAUGGACUUCUAUGCAUCAACUAGUUUAGGUUCUUGGACACCUAAUCAUGUUUCUUCAGUUAUUGAUAAGGAUUCAUGUAAGAGUUGUUCAGAUUGCAGCUGUUCUAAUAAUAAAAAAAAUUAACAUU